UCCUAAUAUAGCAGCACGCCUAUUGUCAUUAGGCUCCCGUGACGCCACUUGUAUCUCAAGCCUACCGUAUAACACGAAGGCACUUUGAAAGUACUUCCAAGCUGCCUGGGGGCCAAUAUCAAUCCUACCUUCACCAGAGAUGACGAGUGAUCGAGACACACUUAUAAGCAUGGGCUUUGACCCAUCGCGCGUCGAUUGGGCGUUGCGUGCCACCAGCCACCGUGGUCUGCAACCAGCUAUGGACCAUCUCCUUGAGCACGAGGGCGAGCCAAUAUCCGAUGCCAGCACUCCAGCGGGAAAUUCUUUGCCGUCUUGGAAUGCAGCUCAGUCUACCUCGGCUAUGGAUGCAGAUGGCGAUGACGAUGACGCUGAGGCUCUACGCCACCUCAUCGGGAAGAAAGGGGUGGUCUCUGCCGCUGCUACUGCAGGGGAUGUCGAAGCAAAGAGCAUAAAAUGCUCAGUGUGUGGGAAGACGUUCAAAAAUACUGCUUUAGCUAAUUACCAUGCUGAGAAGAGUGGCCAUGACCAGUUCGAGGAGUCUACGGAAGAGAUCAAGCCUCUAACUGAAGAAGAAAAGAAGGCAAAGUUGGAAGAGUUGCGGAAAAAGCUUGCCGCGAAACGUGCUGCCAAGGACCAGGAGGAAGCGAAAGCAAACGAAGUGAUUAGACGAAAACAGGGCAAGGAUCUCAACAAAAUCAAAGAAGAGAUCAAGGCCAAAGAGAUGAUUAAGGAGGCUGAGCAAAAACGGAAGGAAAAGGCGGAGGAUGCGAAAGCAAAAGCUGCAAUCAAGGCCCAAAUUGAAGCCGACAAAAAAGCACGGGCAGAGAAAGCUGCUCGUGAGAGGGCUCUACGUGAAGGCAAGCCCAUAGUCGACAGCCAGUCUGGGACCAGCAAUUCUACACCCUCACCAGCUACAGCGGCAUCAUCGUCUAGUGGUGUAGCUGGUAAGGAUUUUAAAGAUACGCGGCUGCAGAUUCGUUUGGCCAGUGGAGGUACUCCAUACACUACGACGCUACCCAGUGACUCCACUUUAUACGACGUCGCUGAGUUCGUUGCUGCGCAAACACUUUCCGUGAGUGUGGAAACAGUCAGCUUUAUGCAGCAAUUCCCGAGGAAAACAUUUUCUCGCACUGAUUUCAACAAAACUUUGCGGGAGUUGGGCCUAACCCCAUCAGCGGUAUGCUUCUUCGCCCCAGGAAACGAUUAACAAACUCAUCCGGUUAAUAGGU